UAGAUUGACAUAUAGAUAGGACAGAAAGAGGAGACAGCAGAAGAAGAAGAAGAAGAAGCUGAAGAUGAGCAGCAGAGAAGUGAAGGAGUACCUGUCUCACCAUCACGUCCCUCAGCUGCUGGAGAGUCUGCUGACAGGUCUCCUGUACCAUCACCCCGAGGACCCCGUCAGCUUCCUGCAGAGCUGCCUGAUGUCCACCAGACAGCUGGGGGGUCCUGAGGCCGUCACCUGGGACACCUUCAUUCACCUGGAGAGACAGCAGCAGAGACCGGGACCCCCCAAGACAGCAUCUUUACUCCCUAUAACCACAUCGAUGACCUCCAGAACAAAACCUGGACCUCCAAUAAAACCCCCGAUACCCCAAAGACCUCUUGUACCCCCUUUAACACCAUCAGUUCCCCCUAAGACAACAGCUUUACCCCCCAGAAUACAAGCUCUGCCACUGAAAACAGCACCUGUACCUCCAAUAAAACCCCAGAAACCUCUUAAACCUCCAAUAAGACCAACUCUAGCCCAAACAUCGUCCCCUCCUUCUCCUCUGAUAAAAUCCUCCACAGUCGUCCCACAGGGGUCCUGUUUUCCCUCUUUAAAACCCCAAACAUCCGCUUUACCCUUGCUAACAGUUCAAAUGUCCCCCAUCAACAAUAAGACCCCCUCUGGACCCCCUCAGACAGCUCCUGAACCCAGACACCUCCCCCCAGUCCCACCUGGACCUGCAGAAACCCCACCUGUCCAGAAUUUCAACACAGACGUUCCUGGUCCUGGUCCCAGUCCUCCAGUCCGGUCUCUUUCCAUAGACUCGGACUCUGACAUGAAGGAAAGUUCUGGACUCCUGCAGGAAGUCAGCAUCCUUCCUCCUCAGAAGCACCGCCCCCUCAUCAUCUUCAUCAUCGGUGGACCAGGAAGCGGGAAGGGAAGUCAGGCGGCGCGGCUUGCUCACUGCUUCAACCUCCGAGUUGUCUCAUUGGACGAGCUGCUGCGGAGGCAGCUGCUGAGACACGCCUCCCCCAGCAGGAGGUGGGAAGUGAUUUCAGAGAUGAUGGGUCACGGAGAGCUCGGCACACAGGAGGAAACCAUCUCCGAGCUGAAGCGGCAGCUGAUUGGUCAGAAAGACGUCACAGGGUUCAUCGUGGACGGAUUCCCUCGAGACGUCCACCAGGCGCUCAGCUUCCAGGAGCAGAUUGGCUGUCCUGACCUGGUGAUGCUGCUGCUGUGCUCGAAUCAGACGCUGCGCUGUCGUCUGCAGCAGCGCGCAACUCAGCUUGGUCUCCUAGGAGACAACAGCCACGCCCUGCGGAGACGCCUGGAGACGUUUCAGAGAGACGUUGUGUCCAUCAGCCGCUACUACAGACAGCUGCACCUGCUGACACAGGUGGAUGCAGACAGGCAGGAGGUGGAGGUGUUCACUGACGUGAAGUCAGCCGUCAAAGAGAGACUGCCGCUGCUGAAGGAUCCAUCAGGUCCGGCUGAUGUCCUCGCCCUGAGAACUCGUGAAUCAACCAGUGAGCAGUGAGACCCUGAGCUGUGUUCUUAUUGGAUAAUAAUCCCAAAGUCUGAUGAUGUCAUAACCUGUCCGUCACCAUGGUAACCAGUCGUCUGUGAUCAUGUGAUGUGUAAUAAAGAUCAAACUGAGUAAUC